CCCGGGACCCGCGGCCAGGUGGCGGCGGCGCGCGGCCCCGGGGACCCGCGGCCAGAGCCCGCGGGCCCCGUGGAUGGGGAGGGCGCGCCGCCCGGCGGUGCCCGCGCCCCGGCCGCCGCCGCGAUGCGGGUCAACGAGAAGUACUCGACGCUCCCGGCCGAGGACCGCAGCGUUCACAUCAUCAACAUCUGCGCCCUCGAGGACCCGGGCUGCCUGCCGUCGGAGGGCACGCUGCUGAACUCCUUGUCUGUGAACCCCGAUGCCAAGUGCAAGUACGGCCUGUACUUCAGAGACGGCAAGCGCAAGGUGGACUACAUCCUGGUGUACCAUCACAAGCGGCCGUCCAGCGGCAGGCCCCUGACCAGACGGGCCCAGCACAAUGACGCCCCUCCGGGGACUCGCAGCGGCAGGCAGGACCAGCCCCUGCCCGGGAAGGGGGGCCCAGUGGAUGGGGGCUCCCCUGAGCCCCCCACAGACCACCACGAAGACGACAAGCAUUUCCGCAGGGAGGAGUACGAGGGCAACCUCCUGGAGGCCGGCCUGGAGCUGGAGCGGGACGAGGAUACUAAAAUCCCCGGAGUCGGCUUCGUGAAGAUCCACGCGCCCUGGGGCGUGCUCUGCCGGGAGGCCGAGUUCCUGAAGCUGAAGAUGCCCACGAAGAAGAUGUACCACAUCAGCGAGACCCGAGGCCUCCUGAAGACCCUCAGCUCGCUGCUGCAGAAGAUCACAGACCCCAUCCAGCCCAGGGUGGCGGAGCACCGGCCGCAGAGCACCAAGACGCUGUCCUACCCCUUCUCGCGGGAGAAGCAGCACCUCUUCGACCUGGCCGACAAAGACUCCUUUUUCGACAGCAAAACCCGGAGCACGAUCGUCUACGAGAUCCUAAAGAGAACAACGUGUACGAAAGCCAAGUACAGCAUGGGGCAAGGAGAGGGAAGAAAGAAGGAUUCUGCCCUUCUAACUAAAAGGCGGAAGUGUGGGAAGUACGGUAUCACGAGCCUGCUGGCCAACGGCGUGUACUCGGCUGCGUACCCGCUGCACGACGGAGACUACGAGGGAGACAGUGUGGAGUUCAAUGACAGAAAACUCCUGUACGAGGAGUGGGCGAGCUACCGGGUCUUCUACAAGUACCAGCCCAUCGACCUGGUCAGGAAGUACUUCGGGGAGAAGAUUGGCCUGUACUUCGCCUGGCUGGGGGCCUACACGCAGAUGCUGAUCCCCGCCUCGGUCGUGGGCGUCAUCGUCUUCCUCUACGGCUGCGCCACCAUGGAGGAGAACAUCCCCAGCAUGGAGAUGUGCGACCAGAGGAACAACAUCACCAUGUGCCCACUGUGCGACCGGACCUGCAGCUACUGGAAGAUGAGCUCGGCCUGCGCCACCGCCCGCGCCAGCCACCUCUUCGACAACCCCGCCACCGUCUUCUUCUCCGUCUUCAUGGCCCUCUGGGCCGCCACCUUCAUGGAGCACUGGAAGCGGAAGCAGAUGCGACUCAACUACCACUGGGACCUCACGGGCUUCGAGGAGGAGGAGGAGGCUGUCAAGGACCAUCCCCGGGCCGAGUACGAAGCCAGGGUGCUGCAGAAGUCACUGCGGAAAGAGUCCAAACACAAGGAGACAGACAAGGUGAAGCUGACCUGGAGAGACCGCUUCCCCGCCUACUUCACCAACCUGGUGUCCAUCCUCUUCAUGAUCGCCGUGACGUUCGCCAUUGUGCUCGGCGUCAUCAUCUACAGGAUCUCCACGGCCGCCGCCUUGGCCAUGAACUCCUCCCCCUCCGUGCGGUCCAACAUCCGGGUCACGGUCACGGCCACGGCCGUCAUCAUCAACCUGGUGGUGAUCAUCCUGCUGGACGAGGUGUACGGCUGCAUCGCCCGGUGGCUCACCAAGAUCGAGGUCCCCAAGACGGAGAAGAGCUUCGAGGACAGGCUGAUCUUCAAGGCCUUCCUGCUGAAGUUUGUGAACUCCUACACCCCCAUCUUCUACGUGGCGUUCUUCAAAGGCCGAUUCGUCGGUCGCCCGGGGGACUACGUGUACAUUUUCCGCUCGUUCCGGAUGGAGGAGUGCGCCCCCGGGGGCUGUCUGAUGGAGCUCUGUAUCCAGUUGAGCAUCAUCAUGCUGGGCAAGCAGCUGAUCCAGAACAACCUGUUUGAGAUCGGCAUUCCGAAGAUGAAGAAGUUCAUCCGCUACCUGAGGCUGAGGCGCCGCAGGGCGGCGGACCACGAGGAGCACGUGAAAAAGCAGCAGCAGCGCUAUGAGGUCGACUACGACCUGGAGCCCUUCGCCGGCCUCACGCCCGAGUACAUGGAGAUGAUCAUCCAGUUCGGCUUCGUCACGCUGUUCGUGGCGUCCUUCCCGCUGGCCCCGCUGUUCGCACUGCUGAACAACAUCAUCGAGAUUCGCCUGGACGCCAAGAAGUUUGUCACCGAGCUGCGGAGGCCGGUGGCCGUCAGGGCCAAGGACAUCGGCAUCUGGUACAACAUCCUCAGCGGCAUCGGGAAGCUGGCCGUCAUCAUCAACGCCUUCGUGAUCUCCUUCACGUCCGACUUCAUCCCGCGCCUGGUGUACCUGUACAUGUACAGCCAGAACGGGACCAUGCACGGCUUCGUCAACCACACCCUCUCCUCCUUCAACGUCAGCGACUUCCAGAACGGAACAGCGCCCAACGACCCCCUGGACCUGGGCUAUGAGGUCCAGAUCUGCAGGUACAAAGACUACCGGGAGCCGCCGUGGUCGCAGCACAAGUACGACGUCUCCAAGGACUUCUGGGCCGUGCUGGCCGCGCGGCUGGCCUUCGUCAUCGUCUUCCAGAACCUGGUGAUGUUCAUGAGCGACUUCGUGGACUGGGUGAUCCCCGACAUUCCCAAGGACAUCAGCCAGCAGAUUCACAAGGAGAAGGUGCUGAUGGUGGAGCUGUUCAUGCGCGAGGAGCAGGGCAAGCAGCAGCUGCUGGACACGUGGAUGGAGAAGGGCUGCCGGCGAGAGGGCCGGUGCAACAACCACUCGCCCGCGCCCCGAGUCCUCGAGCACCCCGGGGGCGCCCCCUAG